UGCUUACUAUUCUACGACCAAGUUGAACAAACGUUAGAGAAAAACUAUUAAGGUUAAUUACUUCGAUGAUGGCUGUGACUCUCACGAUCCUGGUCACCUUGCUCUCGGUUCUUUCUUCUGCAUCGUGUGCUCGAUUGGUUGGGGGGAAGACGGAGAUCCCUGACGUGAGGACAAACAGGGAAGUGCAAGAGCUCGGGAGGUUCUCGGUGGAGGAGUACAACCACGGUUUGAAGCUGUCGUCGGUGAACGACAGCGAUAACGAGAGAGAGAAGUUGACCUUUACAGAAGUGGUGGAGGCGCAGCAACAAGUGGUGUCAGGGUUGAAGUACUAUUUGAAGAUCUCUGCUACUCAUAGAGGGAUUCACAAAAUGUUCUCCUCAGUGGUGGUGGUAAAGCCAUGGCUUUCUUCCAAGAAGCUCCUCCACUUUGCACCUGCAUCCACCACCAACACUAACCAGUGAAGAAUAUAAGAGAGAGAGAGAGAAAGAGAGAGAAUCCUUGUAGAAUAAUAACCAUGGAGGUUAAUUUCUUGACUAGAUAUGCAUGGUAAUAAUUUUUUCCUACAUGUACUUUUUGUAUGGUGUGUGUGGGGAGAACGGGAAUUUUCGACUAAAAUUUGAAAUCUAUAUAUAUAUAUAUACAUGAAUAUUAAUCAUGUGUACCAGAGAAAAUAUGAGUAUUAAUAUAAAUUAUUGUAAGUUUGUGUCCU